GUCUCUCCAUAUGGUGUCACCUUCUCUUGACUCACUCCCUUUCUCUCUCCCUGUCUCACCCAUCUCCCCCUCCUCCUCCUCCAUCUCAAAUCUGUCAUCUCCCAGCAGCAUCGAACCGAAGGAUCAACCCUCCGAACGGCCCGGAUGAGCGCAUAUAUCUAAGGGACCAUGGUCGCGUGAGCCGGCCGAGAGGAGAGCAGCCAUUCCCGGGGUUGACACUCACCGGACACCGCCGCCGUCUGUCUGCGGGAAUCUCACGCGUUUCCACGCAGCCCCUCGGUUCUGGGAAAACCGGAGAUUGAGGCGUGGAGGCGGACAACAAACGACGGCACGUUUCUCCCCGUGCGGUGUCACGUUUGGUCGGUGAAACACUGUGCAGACAGGCUGCCUCACACUAAGCUAUGGAAUGCUUUCUGCUCCCACCAUCACUAGUCUCCAAUCUUUGGACUGAGCUCCAAACACUUAGUUAGCAGCUGUGUUUCUCCCCUUGAACUCUUUCUAACCAGGGGACGAAGAAAAGGAGCAGGCUGAACAAGUCCUCCACUGAAGACACAGAGCAUCUCUACUUUUUUUCUGAUCUGUAGUAAUUUUUUUUCUUCCGCUGCUUGGAGUCGUAAAGUCAUAUCAAGAUGGAUUUGGAAUCGUAUCUGUGGAUGGUGGUCCUCGGCUUCAUCAUUGCCUUUAUUUUGGCUUUCUCCGUCGGCGCCAAUGACGUGGCUAAUUCGUUUGGCACGGCAGUGGGGUCCGGUGUGGUCACGCUCAAGCAGGCCUGCAUCCUGGCAUCCAUCUUUGAGACGCUGGGCUCGAUCCUGCUCGGGGCCAAAGUGGGAGAAACUAUUCGGAAAGGCAUCAUAGACGUCAGCCUCUAUAACGAUACGGUGCCCAUACUCAUGGCAGGGGAGGUCAGCGCCAUGGUUGGAUCAGCAGUCUGGCAGCUGAUCGCCUCCUUCCUCAAACUGCCCAUCUCUGGGACUCACUGCAUUGUUGGAGCCACCAUCGGUUUCUCCAUGGUCGCCAUCGGCACCAAGGGCGUGCAGUGGAUGCAGCUUGUCAAAAUAGUGGCUUCAUGGUUCAUCUCUCCUUUGCUGUCUGGCCUCAUGUCUGGACUCCUCUUCAUGCUCAUCAGACACUUCAUCCUGAACAAGGAUGAUUCUGUCCCAAAUGGACUCCGAGCGCUGCCUCUCUUCUACGCGUCCACCAUCGGGAUCAACACCUUCUCCAUCAUGUACACUGGAGCUCCAUUGCUGGGGUUGGAGAUGCUGCCAGUUUGGGCCGUCUUUCUCAUCACGUUAGCGGGGGCGCUAGUCUGUGCAGCUUUGGUCUGGAUAUUUGUUUGUCCUUGGAUGAAAAGAAAAAUAGCAAGUCGUUUAAAGAAGGAGCAGGCGCUCUCCAGGAUAUCUGUUGAGAGUCUGGACAAGAUCCCUGAAGAAGAGGAGGAGAGCCCCGUCUUUAAGGAGCUUCCUGGGGCGAAGAGCACUGACGAGGCUGUGGUGCCGCUCACAGGAAGCAGCAGCGAUCGUAGCGCACGCGACCCCAGUGGGGAGCUCACCAACAUGGUCAAUGGAGGCAGUGUCCUGCCCAAUGGCAGGGUGUAUGGUCGAACUCACUCGAUGACCAACGGUUCCCUGAAGUCACCAAUUGCUAAUGGCAGCUUCACCUUCGAUGGCCACGUGCACAGUGAUGGCCAGGUGUACCACACGGUGCACAAAGACUCUGGUCUGUACAAAGACCUGCUUCACAAGAUCCACCUGGGCCGCAUGGAUGAUAACGAGCGUCCAGGGUCCAGCGCUCCUCAUCCCGACAACAACUACAGACUGCUGCGCCGCAACAACAGCUACACCUGCUACACGGCGGCCAUCUGUGGCAUGCCCGUCCAGCCGCUUAGACGCUCCGAGUCACGCGACGACAGUGAGAAGCUCGUGGGUGAGGGGGGCGGCAGGAGCAACAGCGUGUCCUACUCCAAGAAGCGGAUACGCUACGAUAGCUACUCGUCGUACUGUAACGCUGUCGCCGAGGCAGAGAUCGAAGCGGAGGAGGGAGGGGUGGAGCUGAAGAUGGCUUCAGAGCUGGAGGGCGUGGAGGAGGAAGGGGGUCCGGCACCUGUGCCUCUGGAGGACUUGGAGGAUCGCGAGGAGAAGGACAAGUCGGAGGUGUUUCUGCUCUUCCACUUCCUGCAGAUCCUCACUGCCUGCUUCGGUUCUUUCGCUCAUGGAGGCAACGAUGUCAGUAACGCCAUCGGGCCACUGGUGGCGCUGUGGAUGAUUUACGAGCAGGGAGGUGUGAUGCAGGAUGCUGCCACGCCUGUCUGGCUGCUGUUUUAUGGCGGUGUGGGCAUCUGUGCCGGCCUGUGGGUGUGGGGCCGACGCGUCAUCCAGACAUUGGGAAAGGACCUGACUCCCAUCACCCCCUCAAGUGGAUUCACUAUUGAACUGGCUUCUGCACUCACAGUCGUGUUGGCUUCCAAUAUCGGAAUCCCUGUCAGUACCACACACUGCAAGGUGGGCUCAGUCGUGGCGGUGGGUUGGAUCCGCUCCCAGAAAGCUGUGGACUGGCACCUCUUCAGGAACAUCUUCCUGGCCUGGUUCGUCACGGUGCCCGUGGCGGGCCUGUUCAGCGCCGCCAUCAUGGCCCUGUUCGUCUACGGCAUCCUGCCCUACGUCUGAGGGUGAGCAGAGGAGGAAGGAGAGAGGCAGAGAGGGAAACGUGGGUGGAAAUCAAAGAAAGAAGGAAAUGAAGACGAGGAAGUGAGGAGGGAGGUGCAGAUGUUUACAAAUGGACUGUGGUUGUACGGUGGAUAAGAGGAGGGUUGGUUCCCGUGAUGCCUGGCUCCGUUGUCCAGAGAUCUUUUUCUUCACUUGUCUGGGUUUCCAAUCGGUUCACAUUUGUUCGGAGGGCGGGUUGGUGCAACAACCUGAACCUUUAAAUCUGCUGUAAAUACAAUUAUCUGACGUUUGUUUUCAGCCUCAAUUAGAAAAAACCACAAGAAACAAAAAACCAACAACAGCUCACGACUACAACUAAUUUAAAAGAGGUUAUUUUGCACACGUCGACAGUAAAUCUGUUUUAAUCUUCCUGCAAAACCAGCAGGUUUAGUGGGGGUCAGUUUCUUUUCGUAACGGUAAAAUAAUAAAACACAAUGUACAUAUGUUAUAGUGGAUGGAUCGUGGUUUGCUGUAUUUGCUUCAUUUAGCACAAAAAAUAAUAAUAAUCAAAGCGGUGGUCAACCAACCCAUGCAUCAUCUCACUCUGAACAUGCCAGGUACAGCAGGGGCCAAAAGGAAAAGAACGCCUCAGACAAGAAAAAAAUAAAUAUAUAUAUAUAUAUAUAUACACCGAGAGAGGGUGGUGCAACUUUUUUAUUUUCACAUGAUACCAUAGAACCCUAAUUUACUAAAGAUUUGAUUUUUGUUGAGAGCUCCUGUAUGUUUCUAGAGAUAAAUCUCAUAUUUUUAAAUGAUGUAUUAUACUGUAAUUUGUACUGUAAAUACUGUCCAGGAGGAGUUUAUCAGUGGGAUG